AACUCCGGGGCGGCUCACGCUGCUGCCGCCUGGUCUCGUGCUUCAGCGCUCGGAGGUGUUGCACCGGGAGCAGCUGCGGGUGCGGACAGCGGAGCGCAAGGCGCCGCGGCCUCGGGCUAAGAUGAGCGAGCUGAGGCAGAGGCUCGGCCGGGAGCUAGACGGGGCCCAGGAACCCGAGGAGAAGGAGUCUGAGUCAGAAAACAAGCUGGAUGGAGAGACCGCAUCGGACAGCGAAAGCAAAUCAGAGUUUGGAGGGGCCCCUCCUGCACGUACAUCAGAUGACACUCCUGAGGUCUUAAACAGGGCCCUCUCCAACCUAUCUUCAAGAUGGAAGAACUGGUGGGUCAGAGGGAUCCUCACUCUGGCAAUGAUUGCGUUCUUCUUCAUCAUCAUCUACCUGGGACCCAUGGUUUUAAUGAUGAUUGUGAUGUGUGUCCAGAUCAAGUGUUUCCAGGAGAUUAUCACUAUUGGCUACAAUGUGUAUCGCUCAUAUGAGCUGCCCUGGUUCAGGACCCUCAGCUGGUACUUUCUGCUGUGUGUAAACUACUUUUUCUACGGCGAGACGGUAACGGAUUACUUUUUCACCCUGGUCCAGCGAGAGGAGCCCUUGAGAAUUCUCAGCAAAUACCAUCGCUUCAUUUCCUUUGCCCUCUACUUAACAGGCUUCUGCAUGUUUGUCCUGAGUCUGGUGAAGAAGCAUUACCGUCUCCAGUUCUACAUGUUUGGUUGGACCCAUGUGACUUUGCUAAUUGUUGUUACCCAGUCGCACCUCAUCAUUCACAACCUGUUUGACGGAAUGAUCUGGUUCAUUGUCCCGAUUUCAUGUGUGAUCUGCAAUGACAUCAUGGCCUAUAUGUUUGGGUUUUUCUUUGGCCGCACCCCGCUCAUCAAGCUUUCCCCAAAGAAGACCUGGGAGGGCUUUAUUGGCGGGUUCUUUGCCACUGUUCUGUUUGGACUGCUGCUGUCGUACUUGAUGUCUGGAUACCGGUGCUUCACCUGUCCCGUGGAAUUCAAUAAUGACUCCAACAGCUUCACUGUGGAUUGUGAGCCAUCUGAGCUGUUCCAGCUACAAGAAUAUAAUAUCCCUCUGGUGAUUCAGUCUGUCAUUCGCUGGAAAACAGUCCGGAUGUAUCCCUUCCAGAUCCACAGCAUCGCCCUCUCCACCUUUGCAUCCCUCAUUGGGCCCUUUGGAGGAUUCUUUGCUAGUGGGUUUAAGAGAGCCUUCAAAAUCAAGGACUUUGCCAACACAAUCCCAGGGCACGGCGGGAUCAUGGAUCGCUUUGACUGUCAGUACCUGAUGGCUACCUUUGUCAACGUGUACAUUGCAAGUUUUAUCAGGGGUCCUAACCCAAGCAAACUGAUCCAGCAGCUUUUAGCUCUACGGCCAGACCAGCAGGUCCACAUCUUCAACACGUUAAAGGCGCACCUUGUUGAUAAGGGUAUGUUGGCCAGUUCUGAGGACGCAUAGGCAUCCAGGCAGUUGGAACAGGACUGAAAAAGAGGGCAAGUCCCUCAAGGAAAUCCCAGCUCGCCUGACUUAAGACAAUAACAAGGCCUCGUUUCACUGUUGUUUUUUCCUUUCCUUGUAAAUGUUCGCAUUUGUGGGGCUCUGGGUUUUUUUAUAAUAUGUAUUUAUAUGGCUUUGGUUAAAAUAAGCAAAGUGGAGCUUCUAGAUGGAAAGGAAUCAAGAACUGAAGGGACCGUAGGGUGAAGAUGUCCUCUCGGAUCUGCGUGGCAACUCUUGUCUUCAGUGUGUAUGGGCAGAGCUUGACUUCACUACUCUUAGGGGAUGUGUCGACGCUGGGAUACGUCAUUGCGUUUUUCUGCCCAGGUGCAGCUCCAGGAGUGUAAGCUCUAGUGAAGAUAAGACACGGGCACUUUUACAUCAGUAUCCUCUAACCCUGCCAGGCUGUGUCUAUACUAAGAAAAUGGGAAGCCAGGCAACUUUCAGUGGAAUAGAGAGGACAGUAGUUCUUUUUGCAACCUUGUGUAUCCCUGUAUGUAGGCUAGGGAAAUUGGGGACCUGUAAUUAUCCACCGCUGGUAGCUGCAUUGAUGAUGAAUUUGAGUCUUCAUUUCCCUAGUAUAGCCAU